AGACAAACAACCUUUAUUCUUUUCGGAUGUGAAGCUGUUAGAAAGCGAAGCGACACAAUGAGUCACGUAUCCAGCUUAAGUGGAUUCCUCAAGUUCCUUUCUUCCGUCAACGGCGACUUUGCUAAUAUCACGGCUCCGCCUCACUUUCUCGCACCAUCCUCAGUUACUGAGGUUGGAAGCUGCUGGAGUGAGCGGCCUUCCCUUUUUGCGGCCCCGGCGGUCGAAAGCGACGCUGAGAAGCGGGCCCUGCUCGUCCUGAAAUGGUACUUGGCCAGCCUGCGAUCGCAGUAUUACCUCGGGGGGUCAACGACGACUAGCCUGAAGAAGCCACUGAAUGCUUUCUUGGGGGAAGUCUAUGCCGCCAAGUGGACCGAUGACACGGCGACUGUCAAUCUAACCACCGAACAAGUUUCGCAUCACCCGCCCAUCACAGCCUGUUGCCUGUGGGACGAAGCUCAUGGCAUUCAUGCAGAAGGUUAUGCACGCGCUGAGAUGACCUUUACGGGGAACAUCAACAUCCGUCAGAUCGGCCAUGCCAUCGUUCACAUUGACGGUUUUGACGAGGACCACCUGAUCGGGUUUCCUGACGCGCACGUCAAGGGUUUCCUCUCGGGCCGGCUGUAUCCGGAGCUCACUGGGAAAAAGUACGUGAUAUCCUCGUCUGGCUUCAUUUCUGAGAUCCGGUUUUCCGGAACCAGCCUCUUCGGCCGUGGUGAGAGCAAUCAUUUCGAUGCAACCAUGUAUCGCCGCGACGAUGCGAAUAAAGAGGCACUCUACGUUGUUUCUGGGCGAUGGUCUGAUUCAUUCACUGUACGUGACGGCAGAACUUCUAAAAUUAUCGAAGAGUACGACACCAACGUAGCGUUCAACAACCCAACGCCUGUCUCUCUACCACCCCUUCAGGACCAGGAUGUAUGGGAGUCAAGGCGGGCAUGGCAACACGUCACUUCGGCACUAAAAGCUGGGGAUAUCGCAGUAGGCUCAGCCGAAAAAGCGAAAAUUGAGAAAGCCCAGCGAAGGAUGAGGGUUGAGGAGGGUCGAACGGGUACCUCAUGGACACCGCUGCUGUUCAAAUCACUCCAAGGCGACUACGAGCGCUUCACCCGCCUCGCAGCAGGAACAGGCUGGGCCCUCCAGAGCGAGAGAACAUCUGGCGUGUGGAGGGUGGAUUUGGAGAAAGCCAGAAACCCGAAAAGACCAUUUCAUGGGGAUCUCACUCCCGUCGGCCGGGAUUUGCAGGAUUCGUAGGAUGACACCAAACGUCGCGUUGAAGCCAAAUAGGCCACUAUGAUCUGAUCCCCCACAUACGAAUUGUACCGUUUGCAUGCUGGUGACCCGCGUUUGGGGGCGGCAUUGCAACACAACAAGGCAUGAUUUCGGUGUGCAUUAGCGGGCGAAUGGGCGGGAGCCAAGCCAUGUAGUCAAAGGUUAGUCUAGACUAGUACCAAGUACCGUAGGAUUCCGCUAGACUAACAAGGUUGCCACUGACCUUACGG